GCUGAGUGGCACGGGAAGAACGAAGAAGGCCUCCGUCGGUCGUCCGUCAGGUCCUGGCUGGCUCGGCGGGGGACAGUUCGGACGCUGCGGCGCACGCGCGUCAACUCUCUUGGGACUAGCCCCCGUGGCUUUGUUGCCACUUACUUGGCAGGGAUUUGGAACCGGUAACUGCGCCUCUCGCUGCUAGUUCAUUCAUCGUUUUUUGGGGGGAGAUUGGGGUCCCCGCUCGUUCGAGAGUUGCGCUCGCUCUGCGGGGUUUGUAUUUUCGGCUUCUGCGCUUGCCUUUACUUUUCUUUCCUUUCGAAUUGGUCCGUGGCUGACAGUUGACCCCUUGGUCUCUCUGCAGAGAUUUGCGUGCCUCGACUUCGACAUCUCUGAAGCGAUCGAGAAUCAGGCACGGGGUUCGCAAUGUCUGUGUCCUUGAACGCUCUGAAGAACUAUGUCAGGACCCCAUCCAGCCAGAAUCAGGCCGAGGAUACGGUGCUGUUGCACGUCAGUCAUUCGAAUUUGAGAUCGAAAUUUGCAGAAUUGCGGUUCGAUUUGCAUACGACCAUCGGGAAUGUGAAGGAGAAGCUGAGAUCUCACACAGGAUCGGCUGUGGAGUCAAUGCACCUGCAGCUAUACGAUGACGGUGGUGCUAAACUUUGCGACCUGGCCGAAGACCAUCGCCCGUUAGGGUUCUACUCUCCUCUUGAUGGAUACCGCAUACACAUUGUAGACCUUGACCCCACGUCAUUAUCAGCAGGGGGAUGGUUGGAGGAUACUUCACUGGUAGAGAAAUACACAAUCUCGGAAGACUCUUACAACAAACGUGAUGAUACAUUCAGGAAAUUCAAGGAGAAGAGACUUGCGGAAGACCCGACAUGGACGUUACAAAAGGAAAUGGCCCGAAGGAGGGGUUUACCUGUUCCACAGGAGAGCCAGCCAAUUGAUGAUGAUCACAUGAAAGACGUUGCAGAUGGAAUCAAGAUAGGCGACAGGUGUGAGGUGGACCCAGGAGGCAAGCGUGGAGAAGUGAAGUAUGUAGGAAGGGCAGAGACCCUCGCACCUGGUUUCUGGGUCGGUGUUCAAUAUGAUGAACCCGUUGGCAAGCAUGACGGACUGGUUAAAGGAAAGCGAUACUUCAGUUGUCCCCCACAAUAUGGUUCUAUGCUACGCCCAGAUAAAGUCAAGGUUGGAGAUUACCCCGAGCGUGAUCCCUUUGAGGAUGAUGAUGAGGAGAUUUGAGAACUUUCUUUUGUAGCUUAGGAGAUGCUUCAAGCACGCCGUGCAGCCAAAAGGCAAUCAAGUAUGGUCCGAGUUUGGAAAAGGCUACUCGGUAAAAGUGGAGAUUUGUGGAGUUUCCCUACUUUCUGAAUCUUUCAUUUAGUAGGGAAAGCAUUCAUUGCUGUCUCUACGUCAAAAAAAGGUGGUGAGGCAGGACUGUGAAAAGGAAAAUAUCAUGGACUACAUUCUUACAGAGAUUUUCACCCAGCUCAUUGCAUUAGCAAGGAAUGUUGGCUGAUCCUGGAGAACCUUCUUUAUUUGCAUAAGAUGUCCUUCAUGUGUUCAGCAUUACUGCAUUAUCUCGACAGCUCUUCAUGGAGUGUCCAAUCCUUUCUCAGCGUCAAGCUUUCGUUCCGUGGAGUUAGGAUGAGAUAUCCAUUGUUGUAGAUUUCUUAUUGUUAUCCAACAUGCUUAGUAGAAGCAAGUACGACACCCUAGGCUACUUCUGUGGAAAUCAGUGGUUCUGUCGUGUUUUUGGGGCUCCUGUCCUGGGACUAUUUUGCAUCAAAAAAUUGGUCUUAUUUCAAGACAUCAGGAUCUUGAAAGCCAAGUCACAGAAACCAUGUAGUGUAAAAUAUUUCCUACUUUCGGCAGACAACUGAGAAGAUGACCUGCUGAGGUCUGAAGUUUCUACGUCGAGAUAUCUCUGGUAGAACUAGAGAUGGUUUUGACUAUUUCGUCAGUUUAAGAGGUUGAUAAAUAAAGAGCAAAAAAUUAAAAUGGUU